AUGCAAGGGGGACCACAUUACAUAGGUGGGGCAGCUUAUAAAUUUGACUGGGUGCAAAUAGGGUGUACAUCAUUGGCUGCUUUGGACAAGCUGGCAGAGAGAGAAGGUAUGAAGGGACCAAUUAGGUAUUACUACAUUAAUGAAGAAGACAUAGCUGUUCAAAUAAAGACCAAUGAAGAACUAAAUCUGGUGGAGAAAGAUAAAUUGUCUACCCAGAGCCAAAGAGAGUUAACUAUUUAUUUUGAUGAUGGUGAUCCACAAGAUUGUGAAAGUCAUGAUAGUUCAUCUGAGUCACAGGGAGGGAUUAACUUGAAAGAUUCAGAUAUUAACCAAAAAGAAGCUAAUGAAACUCAGAAUGUGAAUGAAGCUCAGGAUGUGGAAAGUGAUGGGAGUGUGGAUGAAGACUACAACUUUCUUUCUGAUUCUUCAGAAAAUGAGGAGGAUGACAAUCUAUUCGAUGCAAAUGUUGAGCUUGAAGCAGAUAAUGAAUCUUGUGAAGGUGGUUCAAUUGAAGCAGAUAAUGAUGCUAUCGAAGAAAUGGCAAAUUGGGUGUCUAUGGAAUUUGGAGAAGAUGAAUCUGUGGAGAAUGCUGGCAUUGCAGAGGAGACUCAGAGUCCUCAUGAUGAUGUUCUUAAAGAUACAACAGAAAAUGAGGUUAAUGAAGGUGGUGAACAUCAAAAUGUGGAAAGUGAUGGGAGUGAGGAUGAAGACUAUAAAUUUACUUCUGAUUCUUCAGAGGGUGAGCAUGAUGACCAUGACUACGGGGCCCCCACCGACAUCCCCGAGGCCCCACCCAAGGAGGUUGACCGUUGCAACGGGAUCUUCGUCUCGUACGUGUUCCAGGGCCGGGAGAAGGAGUACCCGCUCGUCAAGAACGUGUCGGCCCAGGCGUGGUCCUUUCAAGGGAUGGUGACCGUGCUCAACGCGGGUUCCGAGGAGCUCAAGUCGUGGCAGGUGUUUGUGGGCUUCCAGCACCACGAGCUGCUGGUGUCGGCCGAAGGGGCUGUGGUCGUCAAUGGGGAUGGAUUCCCCGUUCGGGUUGGGAAGAACGGGACAAUCCUUGCGGGUUACCCGCAGGCUGAUCUUAAAACGGCUAUCGACACGGCUGCGGAUUAUACGCAGAUGCAGGUGCAGGUUAAUCUCAAGGGGACCAUGUUUGGGGUCGGCGCUAAGGCUACACCUAUGCCCCGCGCGCUCAGGCUCGUCAACGAAGGGUAUAAAUGUCCUGCUGCCGACCGUAAAU